AUGGGAGGACAUUCUGACAGCCCACAGUGGCGAUCCCGGCUUGCCGAUAUCUUUUUCCGGGGGAGUAAAAAUCAAGAAGUUAAGUCGGAUAGUGAUUCCGAUAUCACUUUGGUGUCCCGACAAGACGAUCGUUCCAAACCUAAAAGGCCUAUAGAGCCCGAGAGAUUCAACCGUGAGUCCCUGUCUUGUCCAUACGUCACUAGUGUGCCUGCUGAUGGUCACAAAGCGGCCGAUAUGUGCUUCGGCUCAUGCUGUCGGAAAUAA